AUGCCCAGGUUUGCACUUAAGAUGUUCUCCAAGAGAAUAACAGUCAAAAGAAAUUGCUGGCUUAUGUUUGCAUACAUUAAAAGAAUAUUAGGAAACUUUGUCAUGGACCUUAGUCUUCACUCGAUCGUUCGUAUCGAGGUGUCAGAGACCUACUUCAAGGGAGGUAAGAUCCCGGUGCGGUGGACGGCGCCGGAGGCGAUAGCUUUCCGCAAGUUCACGAGCGCCUCGGACGUCUGGAGCAUGGGCAUCGUCUGUUGGGAGGUGAUGUCGUACGGCGAGCGGCCGUACUGGAACUGGUCGAACCAGGAUGUGAUAAAGUCGAUAGAAAAGGGCUACAGGCUGCCGGCGCCCAUGGAUUGUCCCGAGGCGAUUUAUCAGCUGAUGCUCGACUGCUGGCAGAAGGAGCGUACCCAUCGGCCGACCUUUGCCAAUCUCACACAGACCCUCGACAAGCUCAUCAGGAGUCCGGACACUCUCAGGAAAAUCGCCCAGAACAGGCUCAUCGUCUACGUCAAGUCCCUGACGUUAAAUUUUGUCUUUGGGGGCUCACCUCCAAACGACGAUUGUGGUAAGCCACCUAAUAGUUUAAAUGAUGUGGCAAACGGUCAUAUUCUGGUUGGUACUGAUUCUGAAAGUUCUCAUUCUGAUAAUUACGAUUGA